AUGAGAAAAAUACUUUACAGGCUUGUUUUCAUUCUUUGGUUACUGGUAUUAAUACAGUUAAUAUCAGAAUGUAUUUCUUCUGGUUUGGACGAUAAAUUUGGGGUGGAUUUAAAAAACAAUGGAAUUAACAAUGAACGGGAAAGUAACAGUAAACUGGAAGUUCCUACAUAUUUAAUUAGAGAGUAUGGUUAUUACUUUUUAAAUAAUAAUGGGUUUGAUUUGGAUUCACUCGUUUGCGAAUCUGGGGAGGAGAAUUUAGAAUAUAAUUAUGCAAAUUUUGCUUCCAGGUUAGUAAAAGCUACGUCAAAGUUAUUAUUAAACAUAAACUUGUCAAAUUCUGUUCUAGAUCAACUUUAUGGUGACAUAUUUAGUAGCGUUUUAGAUCUUGAACACUUAAGUUCAGAUUAUUACUACUUCUUGGAAAUACAGAACAUGUACAAGCAUUUAAGACUUUUCAAAGAUAACAAAUUGAUAUUUAACUUGGAGGAUUUAGAAUUGGAAAUCAAACAAUCGAUAGAUUCUAUGAGCGAGAUUAUAUCUAAUUUAACGGAAAAAAAUGAGCAGGCAAAAGAAGAGUUUUGUGUAAAUUUGUAUUUAAUUAGGUUUAAAGGUUUAAAACAAGUUAUGGUGAUUGUUAAUGAACUUCUAUCAAUUAUUCGGGGAGAAAAGAUUUCUAAAAUAAACGAACGGCUAGAUUAUUCUCGUUUCAAGGAAAUAUUCGAUUUGAUAGUUGGUAAUUCGGAAUAUUUAACUUCAUACAUGUCUAUUAUAUCUGAAGUUAACAUCAAGUUGGAAAAAACAUUUUUAGGGUGUUUAGAUUCAAUAGGUAAUGUAGAUAUUCCAUUGUUUGGAGGGAAUAACCAAGAUAAUCAACUUUUAAAUAUGAUUCCAGAAUCAUUUAGAGCUUCUUUUGGUAAUGAUAAAUACAAAAGAUCUGCGAAAUAUUUUGGUCCUGCGCUGGAUGAUCUUGUGGAAAAAAAAACAUUAUAUCGAAUGAAUUGCGACUUGAGAAUUUCUGAACUAAAAGAAUUUGUGAAGUCUAAGAAAAUUAUAGUAGAUGGUAGUUUAAGUAUUUCAAAAACGAUAUUACAAGGAUUGAGAUCUAUUUCAAUUAAUAGUGAAAUCAUAACACAGAGAUAUGCUAUUUUUGAAGAUUAUUCAACCAGUAUGCGAAACAGUGUUUCGUUGUUGAAUAAAGUAGCUGGUCAAGUAAAUGCGGAAUAUUUACGUGGUCUAAUUUUGUUUUUUUCUGAGUUUCAAGUUCAAUUACAGAAAAGAUACCAGAGUUUAAUGCAUAUCUUUGAAUUUUCAAAAGUGAAUAACUCUUUUCAAUGGUGGGAUCGUUAUUUCAAUUUAUCUGUUGAUGAAAGUAAAUUAACAGAGAAAAAACUAUUUGAAUUGUCAAAAAUAUUGGAUAAUGCAGUCUCUUCGCUCAAUAAAGUCAAUUAUCUUGAGAGUAAAGUGUUAAGUCUUUUAUCUUUGGAACCAUUUUCAAAAUCUUUUAGAGAUGAUAAAAUGCCAAAUUUAGAAUAUUUUCUUGAACUUAUUAAUAAUGUUCAGAAAAACUCGAAAUUGAAUAUGUUAUAUAACUCAAAUUAUGUGAAUAAUGAACUAUUUAUUGAUAGGGCAGAUUUUGAUUCAAGUGCUUCUGUGAAAAAUUUAAGUCAAUAUACUAGAUGGAGACGUCAAUAUGAUGAAUCGUGCGAGAAAUUGAAGACCUAUUUUGAUACUAUAGCAAUGAAUGAGCAGGUUAUUGACACUUUGAAUAAAGUUGACCAAUUAAUUUAUUUUGAAGUUAAGAAAUAUAGGAAAGAAUUAGGAAAGUUACGCGAAAAUAUGAAUUCGGUAAAUAUUUUGUUUACCAUGAUAACUGGAUAUAAUAGUCAAUAUAACUCAAUUAUUGAAUUAAUUGAACAUUUAAUGAUAGGGGAAAGACAUUUUGAAGCAUAUAUCUCCAAUUAUUUGGCAAUGAGAAAUUGUAUGGGAGAUCUUAAUUCAGAUUUUUCUCAAUUAACUAGCACUGUACCCUCAAUUACAGGAGAAAUUCCAGAAAUUCAAAUAUUAAUGGAUUCAAUAAAAAGUAAGCUUUUAACCUCUAAAAAUGAUCUUUUGAAAGGAUUUGAUGAAUCUUUCAAUAAUCAAAUAAUUCAGUCUAUUGAAUCUGUUUUUAAAACUUACCUCAUGGCUCAAAUUUAUUUUGCAGGUUCUUUGUCUCAAAUGUUGAAAUCUAAAAAAGAUCCGGAAAUGCCUUUUAGCAGUGAUGACUUUAAUUUGUUGUACAACUCAAUAGUAAGAAAUGAAAGUUUAUUGUUUAAGUCCAAAGGUAUAAAACCAUUGAUUUUACCUGAAAAUAAAUUAAAAGAAAGAGUUUCAUUUCUUUAUUCCAUUUUUAGUUCUUACAUACAACAGAUAACUAAUUUGAAAAGUUAUAUAACCCAAUUGAAUGAUAAUUCGAUCAGAGGAAAAUCAUUUCAUAAUGGCCUAACUGAGUUCAUUAAACUUUUAAAUUCGAGCUUAGGUGCGAUUAAAGAAAAACUUUUUCAAAUGUUUGAACAAGGUUCUUUAACUAAAAAAGUCGAGAGGGUUGUUCUGAUAGGAAUUGAAGUUUUCUUUCUUCAGUUAAAAUUGGAGUGUGAAAAACUUUUUGAUAAAUUAAAUAUAUUAUAUGAAUCAGAAAAUUUAAUAACAAGGAUUGCAAAGGGGAGUUCUAUCUCCUUAUCUGAACGAUUUAUUGAUAGGAUUAAAAGUAUAUCGGUUUUAGAUAAUGAACCUGUUGAAUUUGAGAUUGAAGACAAAAUGGCAUCAUGGGAUUCUCAUAUUUCUUCAUCAAACUACCCGGAAAGUAUACAGUUAAAGAAAGUAAAGACAAAAAUCACGCAUUCAAACUUAGAUUCUGGUUGUACUGUAGCAUAUUUGGAUAGGUUAGAGAGUCUGAAAGGGCCAUAUGACAACACGGGUGUUAAUAUUGAUGAAAAAUAUAAUGUUGUUGUAAUUCAUUGUAUAAUCAAUAAUAUUCCUGGAGAAACAAUUUCUGAUUUUCUGAAAAGAAGAGCAAAUAUUAAGGAUUCAGGAUCUGUGGUUUUGCCAGAAUAUGUAGCUAAACAUAUUGAUGAUGAAUUUUAUCUUCAUUACCUAGCCGUCGAUUUUUCUUUAAAAAACACUGUAGGAACACUCCAUAAGCUUGAAACCCAAAUGAAUCAACUUUUUAUAUUGUUCCCAGAAUUUCAUAUUGAUUACUUUCUAAAUUUGGAUAUAGUGAUCAUCUCAGGCAAUAAGUUAAUGAUUGAUUUAAAUAAAGAUAUUAUCAGAAUCAUUUUCAGUUCACUUGUGACUUAUAAUUCAGAAUUAAAUUUUGAUUCUGCAUGUUUCUUUCUUUAUAAAUCCAAAGUUUUGGUUUUAGAGUUUCCUGUGGAUAAAAAUGGAAAACUGACUAGUAUUCGAGCAAUUGGGAAAUAUUCCGGAUUUGGAAGGGAAACUCCUGUUUUUCUUGCAGUAGUUGAUAAUUAUCAGGAAUUUCAGCAAGAUUCCUCGCCUCUUGUUAAAAUUCAAAAAGAAUUAUUUCAAAAAGAUGUCUCAAAUUACAUACCGGUUUAUAGGAAUCUCGCUCCACUGAAUAAUUCACAUGAUUCAAUUAGGGAGUUUGCUUGGAUUGUAAGUGAGAAUAGCCAUUUAUUGUACAUGUUAUUAUUGAGAAGUGGUAUUGAGAAAGUUCGCUCAACAUCUGAAAAAAUUGAUUUAAUUUAUCCGGUUGCAUUGGAAGCACAAAAUGAAUUACAGAUAGGACUUAUUAAUGCAUUUGUUAAUUCAAUUGCAAAAAGGAGAAAUUUAAAUAGCCAGGUAUUCUAUGAUAUAACUAAGAACAAGUUAUUUAUUCUAAAUAACUCAGAACAAAUUAAUACGAAAUCUGUUGAGAUGAGUUUUUCCGAGUUAACAUCAGAGAUUCAACUUUUUGUCAAUAUGAACUAUUUUUCAACACAUAUUCUUGAUAUUCCGAUUUAUGAAUCUGAAAUGUCGCAGGCUAUUGAAUUGUAUUUAUCUGGAUCAAUGCCUCGCUUUUGUUCUUCAAGGCGAAACUAUCUGAACAAUUCAAUUGUAUUAAAUAUUAACGAACACUUUUCGUAUCGAUUCAUGAUAUCUUACCGGUUAUUAAUUAGUGCGAUAGACCCAGGUAUCAAACUUAAAGUUCGUAAUUUACCUAGCCAAGAUGCAUUAAGGAAGAUUUUUAGUUUUGGAAAAGAAUUUUCAUUGGACUUUGAAAGACUUAGGUUUACGUAUAUUUUACCUAUAAUGGAUAUUAAUCAGGCAAAGAUAUCAAUAAUUAAGAAAAAUAUGAAGCUUUCUCUAGAAAGAAUGAUGAUGCAUACAUCAUAUUCACAGCUUGAAAAGUUUUUCCUGGAUAUACCUUCAAAUUCAGUGAGAUACAAUAUUGCGAUUCCAAACACGAACAAAAAAUCUAUUAUCAAAAAUGAUGAGGAGAUUUUUCAGUUAAAUGGGAGAAAAUAUUUUGUCAUUAGAUAUUCUGAAGAUACAGUUAUUUCCGCUCUCUCAAUUUUUGUUAGAGAAAUACUUAAUGGUAGAAUAAAUGUUAUUUUCGCAAUCAACGGAUUUGAUUUAAAACUUCUAAAACCUGGUGACUUACCUUCAGAUAAAGAUUCUAUUCAGAUCCAUCUAAUGAAAGGGGUCCCUAUAGAGCUUGUUUUAAAUGAACACUUAGUAAGAAUUCAUGCAAAAAAUUAUGAAAAAGAAAAUCUGCAACUUGUAUAUGAUAUAAUGUCAAUUUAUCAGGGAUUUGAUCUUAGCAUAGUAACUACCGAUGGAGAGUAUUAUUAUUUUUAUUUACUUUGUUGGGAUUCAAAUAAUAGAAAACCAAAGCAUUGUUCAUAUAUCCGAGUAUUUAGGUAUCUGGAAUCAAAUAUGUUUGAAAAGUUAAAAUUGUACCAGAUUUCCUUGAACAAUAACAUUUCCUUCUCUGCAAUUGCUGAAGAAGGAGAGAUCUUGUCAUUAGAUUAUAUUGGUCUAAAUGUAAUUUCCAGGUUUGGGGGAUCAGUUUUGUUUAAAGGUGAUAAUUAUUAUGAACUAUAUUAUCGAUCGAGGGAAUAUUGGGACAUGUGUUCAUUUGUACAAGAGUUUUUAAAAUUCUCUUCUGAUUUACAUAUCAAAGCCAUAAAUUAUGACCUAAGAAUUAAAGAUGUGGUUUUUAGACCUGAUUUCUUAGAGUGCCCUAUCCCGAAAAUUCCAAACCUCAUUCAGUACAACGAACUACCUCACUUUAUUACGCUAGAUAACUACCAUCAAGAAUCUGGUUUCAUAUUUACAUUAUAUAAUUCUAUUCAAUAUCAAAUACUUUCAGUCCUUAUUAAUUAUUUCCUUUCCAAAAAAAAAUUAUUCAUUAAGCAUGAGGGAAUUGAACAAGUUUCUGCACCAAAAUCAAUACUUGAAAUACUUAGCUAUUUCAAAAUUAACUUAAUAAAGGAUUCUUCUGUAACAUUCAUAUUUCUUAAUGAAAUAUCAUUGAAAAAUACAGAGAUUCAAAGCGCAAAAAUAGUUACAAAUCAAAUCAGAUCAAUAAUACCAAAUUCAGAGAUUAUUGGUAUUAAUACUCGAGGAGAGCGUAUUAUCUAA